AUGUUGAAUGUCGCAUCACAAGAUGCCGAUGAAUGUAGUGUCCAAAAAAUACAAGGACAAAUAAAAAAGCUCUCUGAAGCUAUUAAUAAAGCCACACAAGAUUCGUCGACUGGUGUUGAUGUGAAAAAUGAAAUUAAGGAUAAUAUUUCAAGCUUACAAAAUACAAUUGAAAAAUUCAAAAUAAUGAUCGAUAAUCUUUCAUCUAACGUUGAUCAAAAGAACACCACAAAGUUGCAAACAAUUGUUCAAAAAUUGGAGAAAAAAAGUCAAAAAACAAGUUUAGAAUUGAGACAAGACUGGAGUUUACAAAAGCUAUACGCCGAAUUGUUCAAAAUGUCUUAUUCAAGAAGUCUGACAUCUCUAGAGGAACAACUUCGCCCAGAGAAACGUGGUGAUGAAGAGCCAAAUUUUCGUAAUGCUAUAUGGUGGUAUUCAUGUGACAAAGCGUCAAUUUACUAUCAAAUAAACAGCAUAUUACGACUGGAGAAUUUUGAAUUACUCAUGUCAUAUCGGUACUAUUUGAGUGAUUUAUGUAGAAUGAUCGAGACGAUAUUCAAUAAUACAAAGAAAACAAAUCAAAAAGGCACUACGUUGUAUCGUCAAUUGAUCACCAUGAACGGUUUUGUAUCUACAACGACAGACAUCGGUAUCGCCGAAGGUUAUGCAAGAAAUCAAUUUGUGCCACCAGGUGCUGUUUCAGUGUUAUUCGAAAUCAAAUAUAAUCCGAAAAAACAAUGUACAGCGUUUGCUGAUAUAGAAAACAUAUCUUUCCAUCCAGAGGAGAAAGAAGCACUGUUCAGUAUGGGUUCAGCAUUUGCCAUCGAUAGAAUCGAUGCGCCAUUGCCAAGCGAAAGUUUUUAUCGAAUUAAACUGACAGCAAGCGAUCUUGAUAAAACAAUUGUCAACGAUAUGAAAUCGAAGGUUGAACAGUCAAGUGCAUCUGGUCUAUCAAUGUUACUCGCCCGCUAUCUGAUUGAACUGGGCGAAUAUCGUGCAGUUAAAAAGUAUUUAAACUCUCUAUUAAACUGCGAUAUACUAAUGGAUGAUCCAUCAAUUGCAUCUGCUUUCAAUUGUAUGGGCAUGAUUUAUUCUCGACAAGGAUUGUACGCUGAUGCUCUCAAAUAUUUUAAACAAGCGUUAAAUCAUCAAACACGACUCGAAUAUUCGAAUAAUAACGCCCUUGCUGAAAUUCACAAUAAUAUUGGUGAAGCUUACGUGAAUCUGUCGUACUUUGAUGAAGCACUCGAAGUAUUCAAAGAAGCGAAACAGACACAAAUGCGCGAGCCACUGUCAACUCGACAACAUUUAGCAUCAAUUCAUUCUAAUAUUGGCUAUGCUUAUUACAAGAAAAAAGACUAUGAUAGUGCAGAAAAAUCUUUCACAACAGCUAAUGAUCUAUAUUCAAGUAAAACCUCUCGCAAAUUAGCAUAUGAUGCACUCGAGCAACGUUUGAUGGAAGCUAAUUUGAAUUUAAAAUAUGGAAAUUUGUUGAGCGUUAAACGACAGUUUGAAAAAGCAGACGAACAGUAUGAUAAGGCAAUCAAAACGUAUCAAACAUUAUUGACCGAAACUGAUCCAAAACUAAUGAAAGCACACACAGACUGCAUUGUCGAAUAUGCAAGAACUCGGGCAUAUAAUAAAGUAAUCGAAAAAUACGAGAAUGGGCUUAGCGAUCUACUUCAAAAAUACGAAUCAAAAGCGUUUGAGGUAACCACAACAACAGAUUUAAAAAUUUUGAACAAUCUUUAUUAUCUAAUUGGUGCUUGUUACGCUGCUACGGAACAAUAUGACAAGGCUAUUCAAUCAUGGAAAAGUGGUUACAUUUGUAAACGAAAAAAUCAUAUCGAUCAACUUCUGCGAGCAACGUCCGACGACGACGUUAAUGAUGAAGACUUGAGUGAUCUAUUAUACUUUAUACACAAAUCAUUUCGCAAAGUAUCCGAGAACUGGACACAAGACAAUGGGCUGGUUUAUUUUUUCUCAAAGCAAUACGAGAAGGCAAAAAUUGAACUCGAACAAACCAAAAACAGUGAUAAGAUUGAUCUACUUCUACUAGCUGAUCUUUAUACUCAGUUAAAUUUACAUAAUUUAGCUAUUGAGAAUUAUGAAAAUGCUCUGUCGAAGAUGAAUGUAACUAAAACUGAUCCAAUUGUCACAGAAAUAUAUUUAUCAAUGGCGCAAUCAGAAACGGGCCUCGAAAAACUGCAAGAAAACGAAAAGCAUUUUAGAAUAAAAGAAUCAGACAAUAGAACGGUUAGUAUGAAAGUGGUUAUCAACGAUCAAUUGGCUAAAUGCUAUCUAGAAAAAGCGAAUAGAGAUGUUGCUCUGCAGAUUUUAUAUGCGAAAGCACGUGCAAUUGCCGAACAUUCUAUCGCUUUAAAAUCUCAAAAUUUCUCACAAUAUCAUCCAAGUAUAGCAACUAAUUACAGCUUAAUCGCUGAGACAUACUUGGGAGAAAAUAAUUACAAACAAGCCAUUGAAAUGUACCAAAAAGCGAUUGAAAUUCAACAGUUAAAUUUACCAAUGGAUCAUCGAGAUAUAAAACAAAGUUAUUUCAAAAUGGGCAAUACAUUUUGUAAGAUGUACAAACUAAAUGAUGCUGUUGAGAAAUAUCAAUUUGCCAUCGAAGACGGCGCCUCUUCAUUAUUAAACGCAAUAAUGUAUAGUACAAAAGCAGAGUUGCUUGCUGAACAAAAAGACUAUUUGUCAGCUGCUGAUGAAGAAAUGAAAUCUUGUGCCAUUUUAGAAGAACAGUUACCAAAAGAUUUGGUCGGCAUUGCCGAAGCGACAUUUAUGGAUACAUCGCUGGAUGAUCUGAAAAGCUUGAUAAACAACAGAGUGCAGCUAUCCGAUAUUCGUUCAUUUGCAACAUUUCUUGCCGAUUUAUCAUACAUUUAUCUUAAAGAAGGCUACAUAAAAUUCAAGCAAGCGUCAGAUGAAUGUCAAGCGAUGUAUCAAGAAGCGCUCAAUUUACAAUUGAAAAUAAUAUUAUUUCAAAAUUCAGAUGAAGAUGUGACGACAAAAAUCUAUCAGACACUCGGGUUUGUUAAUGCUACAAAUGAUAUCAACGACGAAGCACUACUUAACUACUUUCACGCUAUGGAUAAUGAUAGCAAUUAUGUAAUCCAUUGGAAAUUAGUUAAUCUCUACGAAGAAGAGGAAAGGUAUUCAAUGGCACUUAGUCACUGUAAGCAUCUUCUCAGAUGUACCGAGACGAUACAAGAUACACAAAAUGUGAUAAAGGAUAAAAUCGAAUUUUUGACAAACAAAGUAGAAGCAGAGGACUAUGAUGAAGAAGAAACUUUUGACGAAGAUAGAGAAUCUUCAGAUGGAGAAAGUGUUGCGAGCGCAGACUCACUAGCAAAAGACACGCAUUCUAUCAAUUCUAACGAUCGAUUUUUAUCACCAAAUUCAUCACUUGCCAAUACCUAUUACCUUUUGCAAGACUACCCAAGAGCACUGGACUACUAUCAGAAAGAUAUCAAACAUCGAACGAAAAAGCUCUCUCAGAAACCACUGCUGAUCAAAUGUAAAGUUGAUUCAGAUAAUAUGUGGUUAUUUUUAAUUGAAUUAUUCACAAAACAGAUUUCACAAAUUAAGCAAUCAAAGCGAAUUGAUUCGCAUGAAAGCAUGACUUAUGAAUUUCUAGGUGAUUUAUAUACUAGGUGUGCUGAAAUAGCUGUCAAAAUAACCAGUUAUUCUGAUGCUGUUUAUAGUUAUGCAAACGCUUUACAACUAUACACUAACUAUUACUUUGAACAGAACUCAAAAUCUGUUUCAAUAUUUGAUAAAUUAUCUCGUAAAGGAGUUCUGUCUGUCACCGAUAUAACAAACUUUUAUGAGAUUAUCCCUGAUGUCAAUAGAGAAUAUAAAACAUGGAUUAAACUGAAAAUGAUCUUGUUAGAGCAUGAACUAGCCAAAGAUAAUGAUGAAUUUGAACAUAUAAUCCAAAUGUGUUUCACUUGUAAACAAGAUCUGGACUUGUCAGGUCAUUCAGAUCUGAUGAUCGAUGCUACACUUAAUUAUGUUAUACUUAAAAUUUGUAAGGAAAAAUAUGGUUAUGAUGAUGGCAUGAAGAUUAUUAAAAAACUGAAAAUAGAUGAACAAAAUCUCCCUAUAUAUGAUGUUAUUGUACUUUAUCGGUUGAUGGUCGACUUUAUUGUUGAGCUUAUCAACAAAAAUUAUGAUGAUAUCGAUGAGGAAGAAGCGGAGCAAGAUGAAGAUGAAGGCGGCAACGAUGAAGAUGAAGGUGGCAACGAUGAAGAUGAAGGUGGCAACGAUGAAGAUCUCAAAACAGUAGAGAAAUACAAACAAUUGUUGUUUCAACAAAUAUCAAAAGCGGUCACACCGGUUCAUACUAAAGACAGUAGGAUGUUUCAAACAUUCUUAGUGGAUGAUAACACUGAUGCUACAAGCGUGUUUUUGUGUAUUGGUGAUAUUUUAACAAAUAUUGGUGCUUACAAUUUAGCUGCUGCCUAUUGGGAAAAUAUUCGAUGGGAGAAAGAGCAGAUGCUAUCCACGCCCAUUUUGAACAUAAUUCUUUCAAAACAAUCAAAUGUGGCACUGAUUUAUAAUGAAAUGAAACGAAUGGAAACAGAUUUGGCCAGGUGCCUAACUUCGAUUGCACAAAGCUACGAUAAAUACGGUGGAUUCUCGGAGAAGUAUGGCGAUGAGUUGUGCCGAAACCAGAGUGGACAAGAAGAUGACACUGAAGUUGUAGGAUGGUAUACAACUGCUAAAGCCAUGUUUGAUAUAGCAGACUCUCUCUAUAAAAAACUGGGAAUAAACGUUAAUGAAUCUCACCGCAACUUACUAGAGAAAAAAAUUAUGGCAAGAGCCGAAUUGAUAGUUGCUGAAAAUAAUUCAGAACAACUUGAAAUUUUUUAA